AUGGUGAAAAUACUUUUUCUUCAUCCAGACUUGGGUAUCGGCGGUGCUGAGCGACUUGUAGUCGAUGCCGCAUUGGCGUUUCAGAAGAAAGGUCACGAAGUUGCUUUCUACACAAACCAUCACGAUCCAACGCAUUGCUUUGCCGAAACACGUGAUGGUACAUUUCGUGUUACGGUUGUUGGCGAUUGGAUACCCCGGUCCAUUUUGGGAAGAUUUAAGGCUGCAUGUGCCUAUAUACGUAUGAUUUAUGCAGCUGCUUAUAUGGCAUGGUACAUUAUUCCUAAUGAAGAACCGCUCUUAAUCUUCUGUGAUUCUAUUUCAUUAUGUAUUCCAUUCUUAAAGAUGGCUCGAGGACCGUUCAGGGUCAUAUUUUACUGCCACCAUCCAGAUAAAUUACUUACCUCAGAGGGUGGAAUUCUUAAAAAGUUAUACAGGGCACCACUUAAUUGGCUUGAGGAAUUGACAACAGCUAAAGCAGAUAAAGUCUUAGUCAACAGUAAAUACACAGCUAGGGUAUACCAAGAUGCUUUCCAAAGUAUCAAAGACAUUCCUGACAUUUGCUAUCCAUCUAUUAACACUCAAUAUUUUAAGUCUACAAUGCCAAAACCACUCAAAGAAAUUGUUCCAGUGGGUACUGAUAAGUUUAUAUUCCUAUCAAUUAAUAGGUAUGAGAGAAAAAAGAAUCUACAAUUAGCUCUCAGGGCUUUUAAACAUUUGAAACAUAUUUUAAGUGAAGCAGAUUGGAAUAGAGUUCAUUUAAUAAUGGCUGGUGGUUUUGAUCCAAUCAAUUUAGAAAACAUGGAACAUUACAUUGAAUUGACUGAUUUGGCAGCAGAAUUAGAAAUUGAUGAUAAGAUAACAUUCAUGAAAUCUCCUAAAGAUGAUGAGAAAAUUUCUUUAUUGUACAACUGCAAGGCAUUGGUGUACACUCCAUCAAAUGAGCACUUUGGCAUAGUUCCAUUAGAAGCAAUGUAUUUCUGUAAACCAGUGAUUGCUGUGAAUAGUGGGGGUCCAACUGAAACAGUUGUUAAUGAAGUAACAGGUUUUUUGUGUGAACCAAACAGCAAAUCAUUUGCUACAGCAAUGAGUAAAUUAGUUUCGAAUCCUGAUCUAAUAGAGAGGUUUGGUCAAGCAGGACUUAAAAGAUUUGAAACAAAUUUUUCCUUUGAUGCAUUUACAGAACAGUUAGAUGGUAUUUUAACAAGAGAAAGACAAAUAGUCUCUGAGGCUCGAGGCGUUGAAUAUGAAGAGAGGAAGAAAAAAUAACAAAAUGCAAACACUCCAACAAUGUUUGACAUUGUAUGAGAGUGUUUGAACAAAGUAAAUUGUUGUAUAGUUCAAAUGAGUAUGAAUGUGAACUCAAUAUCUCAGCAGAAUUCAUCAUCUGGAUUUUUGCUAUUUAAAGUACUUUUAUUUGAAAUUAUGUAUCUUCAUUAAAAUUAUAAUAAAGAUUGAUUACUAAGUAGCUUAAAAUAUGUUUAUAAUUUAAUGGGAUUGUUUAUAAGUGAACCUCUUUUAAGUAUGCUGUAAUAUAAAUUGCUAAUAUCUAAUCCAUGAAUAGCAUUUUGGUGAGCUUUGCAAUAAGUAAUCUUAGUUAGCAACUAUAUUAAAAUAAAGAAAAUUAUUGAAAAAUAAAUAAA